AUCAAAUGCUUCUGGGCGGCGUGAAGAUGCUCUUAAAGGCGGAUCACUUUAGGGGCUCUGUUCAGACGGUUGACUUGUUACCUUAUGAAUUCGUUCGAAAGCAAAGCGGGUCGCGACAACAGCGAAACGACAAAUGGCGAAGUCUGCUUGUACUGUUGCAGCACCUUCACAAGCAUGCAGAAGGGGCAAGAAAUUGUGGAGGAGAUGAUGUGGGAUGCAUCGAAGUGACGCAUGAUGGACGUGCGGACUUCUUGACCAUUAAAAACAGACACACGCAAGAAUUACGCGUCUCGCGAGGUUGCGUAAAAUGGCUUCAGCCAGCAUCUGAGGAGGGGAAGCACCCCAGUAUCGAAGCCGGGCAGGAACUUAAAUGGAUAGCUGCAUGUGAUGAGGCCUAG